AUGGCAUCGCGGAGAUCAGCGCGGUUGGCUUCUCUGGUCACCAAUGCUGCGACUGUUGAGCCGGCGCCUCCUCCAGCACCUCCAGCGGCAUCUAGAAAACGAAAAGCGGUCACGCAAGCACCAGCGGCCGAGGAGACUAAAAAGGCGCCGUCAACUCCACGAAAGAAGCGGAGUAAAAAGCUCGACGGCGUACCUGAAACGCUCACACCUGCCGAAGUUAAGCUCAUCGCGGAGGGUGCGCACACACAAAAGCCCCGGCCCGCGGCGGUCUCCCGUCUAGCAGAUCCGAACCGUACCAAUGCAGUCCUUCGGUCUCCCAAAACAUCACGCAUCAUCGCGCCAACCGCGGUCGAGCCUAUACCCUCCAAGCUCGGCGCCGGCAGCAAGUCUACAAGUUUAGCAGCGACCGCAACUACUACUACGACAACAACUAGCAUCCUCGAAGAAGCCUGCGCGCACCUCAUCAAAGUCGACGCGCGCAUGAAGCCGCUCAUCGACGCCCACCACUGCCGCAUCUUCUCGCCCGAGGGCCUGGCCGAGCAGAUCGACCCCUUCGAGGCCCUCUGCAGCAGCAUCAUCUCGCAGCAAGUCAGCGGCGCGGCCGCCAAAACCAUCAAAAACCGUUUCAUCGCCCUCUUCAACCCCACCACCACCACCACAUCUACCGAACCCGCCGCUCCCACAGACAACAACACCCCCACCCCACCGCCCACCUUCCCGCGCCCCGCCGACGUCGCCUCCACCCCCCUCGAAACCCUCCGCACCGCCGGCCUCUCCCAGCGCAAAGCGGAAUACAUCCAGGGCCUCGCCACCGAAUUCACCGCGGGCACGCUGAGCGCGCAACUCCUCGCGGACGCGCCCUACGAGGAAGUGCUGGCGCGGCUGACGGCGGUGCGCGGGCUGGGGCAGUGGUCGGCCGAGAUGUUUGCGUGCUUCGCGCUCAAGCGCCUGGACGUGUUCUCGACGGGGGACCUGGGCGUGCAGCGCGGGAUGGCGGCGUUUGUGGGGAGGGAUGUGGCGAAACUGAAGGCGAGGGGGGGUGGGAAGUGGAAGUAUAUGGGGGAGAAGGAGAUGGUGGAGGUGGCGGAGAGGUUUAGGCCGUAUCGGAGUCUGUUUAUGUGGUAUAUGUGGAGGGUGGAGGAGACGGACGUGAGCACGAUGGAGUGA